AUGUCGCAGCUCGCACAUAACGUUAAUCUUUCCAUUUUUGAGCCAAUUUCUCAUUAUCGGGCCAACCGUAUCGUAUGCACGAUUGGCCCCAGCACGCAGAGCGUUGAGGCAUUGAAGGGCCUUAUAAGGAGCGGGAUGUCCGUUGCACGCAUGAACUUUUCACACGGCAGUCAUGAGUAUCACCAGACAACCAUUAACAACUUGCGUGCUGCGGCAACGGAAAUUGGGGCGCACAUUGGCCUGGCACUUGAUACGAAGGGGCCGGAAAUUCGUACCGGCCUUUUCAAAGAUGGAGGGAUUGCACUAGCGCCCGGUGAUACUGUAUUAGUCACGUCUGAUCCUGCAUUUGAAAAGAUUGGAACCAAAGAAAAGUUCUACAUUGAAUACCCUCGCCUCAGCAUUACAGUGCGACCGGGUGGCUUUAUCUACAUUGACGAUGGUGUGCUGAGUCUGAAGGUGUUAAGCAAGGAGGACGACUACACACUAAAGUGUUAUGUAAACAACGCACACUUUUUGACAGAUCGCAAGGGAUGUAAUUUGCCAGGAUGUGAAGUGGAUUUACCAGCGGUGUCGGAAAAGGACCGCGAGGACUUGAAGUUUGGUGUGGAGCAAGGUAUUGAUAUGGUUUUCGCCUCCUUUAUACGUACGGCGGAACAAGUGCAGGAAGUACGUGAGGCGCUCGGUGAGAAGGGCAAGGAUAUCCUUAUUAUCUCCAAAAUUGAAAACCAUCAGGGUGUUCAAAACAUUGAUGCUAUCAUUGAGGCGAGCGACGGUAUUAUGGUGGCACGCGGCGACCUUGGUGUGGAGAUCCCAGCAGAAAAAGUUGUCGUGGCCCAGAUGAUUCUCAUCAGCAAAUGCAACGUGGCGGGUAAACCCGUCAUUUGCGCGACACAGAUGCUUGAAAGCAUGACGACAAAUCCCCGUCCAACACGUGCGGAGGUCUCGGAUGUCGCAAAUGCUGUUUUCAAUGGCGCUGACUGUGUAAUGCUCUCUGGGGAGACAGCAAAAGGAAAGUAUCCGAAUGAAGUGGUACAAUACAUGGCCCGUAUUUGCUUGGAAGCGCAAAGCGCCACAAACCAGGCCGUUAUGUUUAACAGCAUUAAGAAAAUGCAAAAACUUCCCAUGUCACCCGAGGAGGCGGUUUGUAGCAGUGCUGUGAAUUCCGUGUAUGAGGUUCGGGCAAAGGCGCUGCUUGUGUUGAGCAACUCUGGUCGCAGCGCGCGACUUGCAAGUAAGUACCGUCCUGACUGCCCAAUUAUAUGCGCCACUACCCGCAUGCGGACGUGUCGUCAGCUCACCAUCACUCGAUCUGUGGAUGUCGUCUUUUACGACGCUGAACGGUACGGUGAAGACGAGAACAAAGAGAAGCGGGUGCAACUUGGCGUGGACUGCGCCAGGAAGAAGGGCUACGUUGUGCCAGGGGAUCUCAUGGUAGUGGUGCAUGCGGAUCACAAGGUGAAGGGGUAUCCAAACCAAACCCGGAUCGUUUAUGUCAGCUGA